AUGGAAUCCUUGGAUGAGUUGAUUGGUUGGUUGAAAAAAGGCGGAAGAGUUGGUAUUCAUGAUGCUACUAAUUCAACAAAAUCUAGAAGAAAGAACAUAUUAGAAAGAUGUCAACGUGAAAAUAACUUUAAGGUUUUAUUUAUAGAAUCAAUAUGUGACAUCAAAAAAGUAUUAGAUGCAAAUAUGAGAUUGAAAUUAUCAGGACCAGAUUAUAAAAAUAUGAAUCCAGAUGAAGCAUUGGCAGAUUUUCGUAAACGUGUUGAAAAUUAUGAAAAGGCAUAUGAAACAAUCGGUGAAGAAGAAGAACAAACAAAUAAUAUUCAAGGAUAUUUGAGUGGUCAAUGUAUCUUUUAUUUGAUGAAUUUUAACCUUGAAAGUAGACAGAUUUGGCUUACAAGACAUGGUGAAAGUGUUCAUAAUAUUGAAAAGAAAAUAGGUGGCGAUCCAACA